AUGAUUUAUUUAUUUUUAUCACGUUCAUUAGUAUGGCCAUUGAAUAUAUUUGGAUCAAAUUUAAAUAAUAAAAAUACAUCGAUAUUAGAUGAUGAAUAUCAAAAAAAGAAAAAUCUUGAUGAAUCACCACCAUUAAUUUCAAAUAAAGAUCUUGCUAAAAAUGUUGAUCUAUCGAAAAAUAUGGAUCAUACGAAAUCUUUAAUUGAUAAAGAUAAAAUAUCAAUACUUCCAUCAUCAAAUAUUUUAUCAGUAUUAGGAAAACAUUAUUUAACAAGAGAAGAUUUAGAAAAUUUAAUACAAACUCGAUUUAAACAAGAAACUCCACGUGAUCGUGUUGUACGAUUUCUUUGGAAAGAUGAACUGAGUCAAUAUCCAAUCUAUGCAAAAAUAAAAGAUUGGCAAUGUACUGCUAUUGCUAUGGGUAUUGGUUGUCUAUUUGGAUUUAAUCGAAAAGAAGAAAUGAAACCUGUUUAUAUUCGUCAAACAUCUAUGUUAAAAUUUCAAGAUCGAUUAACGGCUGAGAGGGCUUAUCGACAAUUUAAUGUUGUUAUGUUUAUGAAAGAAGCAUAUAGAGUUGCAUUUCUUGUUCUAUUUAUUACUGAAACAAUUAUGACAAGUCAAUAUGCUAUUGAAGCUUAUCGUAAUAAAUCAACAAUAUAUGAUUGUAUACCAGGAGGAGCAUUAGUUGGUUUUACACUUAAAAUGUUUCAUAGUCCAUUGGCAGCAUUUGUUGCUACGAUACAAGGCAGUAUUAUGGGAUUUAUGUAUGGUUUUAUUCAUAAUGUUGGUUGUCGAUUAAUAAAUCGUACUUAUGAAGAUUUACAUUAUGAACAAGUUAUGAAAUGGAUCUUACAUCGAGAAAAUGCUGAAUUAUGGAGUGCUAAUUUAGAUGAAUUACCACCAAAUUAUAUGCCACAAGAACCAGAACGUACGUGGGGUCUUGGAUGGUUUAAACGAUAG